GUUCACAUUCUCUUCCAAACCGAUUUCUCUGUAUUGAUAUACAAUACUGUAAUUUCUAAAUGAAUAGCAUUUAAAUUUAUUAAUUACCUGAUAUAAGACGUAAGUCUUAAGACAUAUAAGUACAAUGGUAUAACUUAGUUUAAAAUUAAAAAAACUAAUUGAUAUUAAAUACAAUAUAUAUGUUUUUCCUUUUUUCUAGAGGCAUUGUGAUCGGUUUAAUGUGUCUCGACGUACAGCAUGGAACAUUUUAAAUAAGGUUAUUGAUUCUCUCUUAAUAGUAAAUGAAAAUGAAAAAAUAAUCUUUUGGCCAUCGAAGCAGGAUGCUGAAAAAUCAAUGGAAUUUUUUUAUAUCCAGUCUGGUUUCCCAGGAAUUAUAGGCUGUAUUGAUGGAAAGCAUAUGGCCAUUAAAGCACCAACUGAAGAAGCAGCAGCUUAUUUCAAUAGAAAUAAGUAUUACUCUGUUAUUCUACAAGCAGUUUGUAAUGAAAAAAUGGCAUUUUUAGACUGCUAUGUAGGUGAAGCAGGGUCAGUACACGAUGCCUGUGUUUUCCGACGAUCAGCAUUGCACGAAAGAGUAAACACCGGAGAUGGAUUUUUCAGCUGUGGCCAUAUUUUGGGUGAUAGUGCCUACCCAUUAUCUGAACAUUUGCUUACACCAUAUCGAGAUAACAGGAAUCUCAACAGCGUGCAAAAGCUGUAUAAUAAUAAAUUAGCAAAGUGUAGAAAUGUAAUUGAGCGUGCUUUUGCACAUCUUGUUGGACGGUUCAGGCGAUUAAAAUUUUUAGACAUGUGUCGAAUGGAUCUGAUUGUAAAAACAAUUAUUGGUGCAUGCAUUCUUCACAAUAUUUGUAUACAAACUUGCGACGUAAUACAAAUAGAUGAUGAUUUUGAUGACCAAGAAAGUGAAGAAACUGCAACNUGA